AUGAGCACAGAAGAAGCUUUGCUCAUAGGAGCUUAUAGAAGCUAUGAAAGCUGUGAACAAAUCGUCGAGCCAAUGAAGGGAGUCAAGAAUAUCACAUAUGUUACAGAAUUAAAGCGGCUAGUACAAGCUACUAUCCCGCUCGUCAUCACAUUUUUCUUGCAGUAUGCAUUUUCAACUACUUCAAUGUAUUUUGCUGGCCGAUUAGGGCCCAAGGAAUUAUCAGCAUGCUCGAUUGCUAUAUGUACAUUUAAUAUGACCGGGUUGGCCAUUUUCCAAGGUAUGGCUACUGCAUUAGAUACAUUUUGUUCCCAAGCGUAUGGUGCUGGAAAUUUACACGGAGUAGGUGUUUAUUUCCAAAGAGCCUGUCUUAUUAUGCUUGUGACUAUGAUCCCGCUUUCGUUUGUGUGGUUCAACGCGGGGUUUAUUUUAAGCCUCUUUGUUAAAGAUGUGGAGAUUGUGGAAAUGGCACAGAUAUUCCUCAAGUGGCAUACUUUGGGUGUCCCUGCCUAUAUCUUGUUUGAAGCAGGUAAAAGGUUUCUUCAAGCACAACACAUUUUCAAAGCCGGCACGUAUGUCUUGUUGGUAUCGCUCCCCUUUAAUAUAUACUUGAACUGGUUGUUUGUUCAUAAUCCCAGCACUAGUCUUGGAUUCACCGGUAUCCCAUUGUCGAUUGCUUGCACUUAUUGGAUCAUUACAUUUACAACAUUGGCCUAUGUGGUGUGCAUCGAUGGUAGCCAGUGCUGGGGUGGGUUCACCAAGAGGGCAUUCAUCAAUUGGUCACCCAUGAUCAAGUUGGCGUUACCGGGUGUAGUAAUGGUUAUUUCAGAGUACCUUGCAUUCGAAGUGAUGGUAUUUUAUGCUGCCUCUUUUGGCACUGCUGCGUUGGCUGCACAGUCCAUCGUCUCAAGUUUGGUCACUUUGUUCUACCAGCCACCUUUUGCUUACGCUGUGGCAAUAAGUACCCGUAUUGGCCAUUCCAUCGGCACGAGAGAGUUGAAAAGCGCCAAGAUCACGACCAAUAUUUUCUAUUUGACUGCGGGAAUUAUUGGUUUAACCAACUUGACCAUCUUUAUUGUUGGAAGACAUACUUUGGCCAAAGUUUUCACUUCAGACAAAGAUGUGUUGAAAGUUGCUGCAGAUUUGAGUAUUUUGGCGGGAAUCAACCAGAUUGGUGAUACUUUUAACGUCGUUGCCACUGGUGUAUUGCGUGGCCAAGGGAGACAACGUAUUGGUUCAAUCUUGAACGCACUUGCUUAUUAUGUUGUUGCUAUCCCUUUGCAAUACUAUCUAGCAUUCAAGACUAGCAUUGGCUUACCUGGAUUGUGGUAUGGUUUGAUUAUUGCUGUUGGACUGUUGGCCAUGAGUCAAUGUUUUGUGAUUUAUCGAAGCAACUGGGAUGAGAUUGUUGAGACAUCAGACAAGAUGCACGAUGCUCAGUAG